AUGACAUCCGUUGAGAAAAACACCAAAAAAACUGUGAAGCUGAAUGUUGGAGGUGUCUAUUUCAAGACUUCUCUAUUAACCCUGACAAAGGACCCAGAUUCAAUGUUGGCAGCCAUGUUUUCUGGUCGAUUUGAAGAGAAUCUAGAUGAAGAUGGCUCAUUCUUCAUUGACCGGGAUGGAGAUCUCUUCAGGUAAACUGAAUGGUUCGGUUUAAUUUGAAUAAUUUGAUUCCAAUAUUGAGUGUGUGUGUCCAAGGGGCAAGGGGGGGGGUUACUCCUGGGAAUUCGUGGUGUGUGUGUCCUGCCUGGGUGUCUGAAUUCUGACUCUAUUUCAGACCAAUGUCAUUAUUAAAACCCAUUUUCAGACCUGGCCUCUAAGAAACACUGUGAUCAUUACUUAGAUUACAACAGCAAAAAAAAAAAAGGGAUUCUUAAAAUCCCUUUCGAAUUUGCAUAUUAGUCAUUUGGAACUGCAUUGGUAAAUAUAUUCAUAUCCCGUGGAUCCCUUAAAAACCAUACCGGAUUCCAGGCCAAAAUAGGCAAAGUCUAAACCCGUUAAGACCGAAAUGCUGUAAAGACCCCACCCUUUGGGGUGGUACAUAGCUAUAUGGCUUAUAUAGGGGAGUCCCCCCCUCCUGGGGGGGUGUACUUGAACCUCAGGUGUGAGAGAUUGUAACCCAUAUUUGAGUUGAUUAUGUCCUGCUCAGCCUAAAUCAUUAGACCUUAUUCAAUAAUAGAUGAAUAAACAGUUCAUUCAAUCAAUCAAUCAAUCAAUCAAUCAAAAUUCGAUUCCCGUGACUUGGAGUUGAAGGGAUUAAAGAUUUAGAUUUAGAUUAGAUUUGAUUGAUAUUUUUGGGAAUGCACAAACAACAUAAAGUCUCGCUCCAGGGUGAUACAAAUCUGUUUGUCAAUUUUUUUAGUGACGUUUUUGCCCCAUUAAAAAAAUAAUCAGUCAAUCAAUCAAUCAAUUAAUAAUGCAACUCCUUGUGUCCUCAACUACCGGACGUAUAACAGUGAAACUCCUUAAAUCACUUACAUUUAAGAUGAUCCAGUCUUUCCUAGUGCUUUAAUCUAACAUUUUGAUUCGGAUCCUAUUGCUUUGUUUUGUCAAGUUGUUACUUUUUAUACCAAGGCAUUAAAAGUAACCAAAUUGAUUUUUCAGCUUGUCCUCAGUUUAAUGAAUAGGAAAUACCUAUUUUCCAGAAGCUGUAACUUGCCUUUUUUGCUAUUGGGUACAUGUAUAUUGCUUUACCAGUUUACUGUGCCAUCCUAAAAGUGCAGCACCACUCUUGUUUCUGGUUAAAACGGUGCACGUGGUGCGCGUUUACUUUUGAAUUCUAUUAAAUAUUUUAUGGCUCUCAGAGUUUAAAGGGAGGAAAAGGUAACAACAUGAAAACCACUAGUGGCCCUUUUUCAGAAAGAAUACAACACUCAAAAGUCUUUAGAAGUAGAUAUUUCUCAAACAGUGACCAUAAACCUUGGACUUGUUAUCCUAAUAUUUGGUUGAGUUAAGACUUUGGAUUGGCAGGGCCCAGUUCAAUUACCAUCCACACCAACACUCGGGGUCUUCCUAAUUGUAAUAGUGCUGCAUACAUUUCACCCCUGCAAAUGGUUAGACAUUGUAGUCUGCUCAAAAGACUGUCUCAUAGCAGAUUUAUCGGAUCAUGUGUUUUACGGGGGGGGUCUCGAUUGAUGUAUCGGCCGAUAUCUCGGUCGACUGUUGAUUGACAUAUCGGCCGCUAUGUCUGUCGAGAUUCGGUCGAGUAUCGCCCUAUUUGUCGAUCGUGAGUCGGUCGAUAUAUCGGCCGAGUGGUGUUUCCUGUCGGUCGACAGAUCGACCGACAGUCGGUCGUGAUAGCAUCGGUAGUGUGUCGGCAAUGUAUCGGUGAAUUGUCGAUCGAGUAUUGGUAAGGUAUCGGUGGUGUAUCGGUAUUGAGAAAAUGAGCCGACACUCAUCCUUCCUAUUAAGGUAUGAGGCCGCGGGCCAAAACUGAUUUAGUCUCUUUUGACCUCUGGAGUGAUAAUCGUGAAAUGAUUAAUAUCUCUGUCUGCGCCUUAGUUUUGACAUAUUAUUCUCUUUAUGUCUGGUAACAGGUACAUACUCAACUACCUCCGCAAUGGGGAGCUGUUGUGCUGUGAAGAGACUUUGAAUAGGAUAAAACGCCAACUUUUUGCCGAGGCAUUGUUCUUUAAUUUGGAGGGACUGAUUGACAAACUGUCCCCUGUGCCAAAAAUAUUCACAGAAUCCUCAAUAAUAACCAGCCGUGACGAAGAGAAUACCCUGCUACCCUGGAUUACAGAUUUUCCGGGCGAUACCCGAUGGCAUCUUUUGUACAAAGCAACCAGGGAUGGAUGGAACCCAGAGAAUUUUCAUGAGAAGUGCGAUGGAAAGUGUCCAACUCUUGUUGUCAUCAAGAGUGACGACAAUGUCUUGGAGGUUACGCAGAGAAACCAUGGUUCACACGGAAGUUAUAAACGAAGUAAAAUUAGUUCCACCUGUUUUCUCUAAAACGUUAUUUAAGGUAGUACAUUCCCCCAGAAAACGAAAUUUUCAAAAGAACAUUUAAACAGGAAAAUGGUCAAAUGUAGCCACCCCUCCCACCCCCUUCUUGAUCCCCCUCCUGAAUAUACAGGGUCAAGUACCAUUUUUUGUAACCUUAGUUUGAAUUUUAUUUUUAUUUUCGUUCCUUAAAAUUUCAGCUUCUGAGCGCAGUACUUUGA